AUGGUUAGUUCUAGUUUUCUUCCUCCUGGGUAUAAUUUUUGCCCAACUGAUGGUGAUCUUAUUGGUCAUGACUUACACAACAAGGUUUUUGGUUUACCAUUGUCCAGUGAUAUUGUCAAAGAUUGCGAUCUUUAUGGAAGUCGAGAACCUUGGGAAAUUCGGGAGUUCUACAGAGGAGAGAAGGGAGAGGAUCUUUACAUUUUCACUCCAUUGAAGAAAAAAUCCAGUAAGCGCAAAAGAAUUUGCAGGAAAGUUGGUUGGGGUGCUUGGCAGGGUGAAGACGUUGCCCAAGAAAUUCAAGAUAACAGGGUUACUGGGCAUAAGAAAGAUUUCGAGGCACUUUUUCCUGGUCUUAGUACUGAUAAUGAGUCUGCGAACCUUGGUGAUCUAUUUCCUCUAGAUGAACAAGUACAAUCCGCAUACUCAGAGAAAUUGAGUUUUUCGAUAGAAACUUAUGCUUCAAUUGACGAUGAGUUUUCCUUUCAUCAAGGUCAAGAGUUCUUCAGUUCGGUGUUUCAAUUAUUAUCGGAGCCUUCAAGUGAUUAUGAUUUCCAGAUUUACUCUUCUUAUGCAAAUGAGGUAACAGAAACUGAAACAACUUCCAAUUGUUUAUCGUUAGCAUCAGUCUACUGGUGA